AUGGACCCCGGAAAACUUUGUAUACCCUUUUUUUUUUUUUCGCGCGCUGAUCAAGUUCUCUUUUUUCUUGUUUUAAUUUUCAUACCUUGUUUAUUAUCCUUUCUUUCUUUCUUUCUUUCUUUCUUGUUUUUCCCUUUUUAUAAGUAUGGCCGUCUUUUUUACAGGCUAUUUUAUACGUUCUUACGCGUUUUUCUUCUCUAUCACAUUUCACCUUUUCCUUUCUAUUUUUGCAUUCAUGCAUUCAUUGCUUUAUUUCGUCUUUCUUUUUUCUUUGUAAUUUUCUUAAUAUGUUCCUUCUUUCUUUCUCUUUUUCUUUCUUUCUUUCUUUCUUUCAUUCAUUCUUUCUCUGUUUUCCUUAUUUCUUUGAUUAUAUCUUUCUUCAUUACCUUACCAUUUUUUUAUUUUGUAUUUCUUUCUUCCAUUAAUUUUCUUUCUAUUUCUUUCUUUCUUUCUUUCUUUCUCUUUUUUUCUUUCUUUCUCUUUUUUUCUUUCUCUUUCAUUCAACGAACAAAUUUUUAUUACACUCUUUCUCUCUUCAGUCUAUCUUUUGGUAAUUGUAUUUCUCGCACCUACUUUUGUCGUACUAUCUAUCUAUCUAUCUAUCUAUCUAUCUAUCUCUAUCAUCUAUCUAUCUAUCCCGUUCUUUUUAGUAUCUAUUAUCAUCUAUCUAUCUAUCUAUUUAUCUAUCUAUCUCUAUCUCAGUCUGUUCAUUAUCUAUCAUUUAUCUAUCUAUCUAUCUAUCUAUCUUAUCUAUCUAUCUAUCUAUCUAUCCCAUCUAUUCAUUAUCUAUCUAUCUAUCUCAUCUAUCAUUAUCUAUCUAUCUAUCUAUUCAUCUAUCUAUCUAUCUAUCUAUCCCAGUCUGUUCAUUAUCUAUCUAUCUAUCUAUCUAUCUAUCUAUCUAUCUAUCUAUCUAUCUAUCUCAGGCUGUUCACUAUCUAUCUAUCUAUUUAUCUAUCUAUCUAUUUAUCUAAAGGCCACCACCCCGUUCUCCACCUCCCCCACCCACAUUGUCGAUACCUCCAAUUCCGCCUCCGCCCGCUUAUUGAUGACGACGGCUGUGGCGGCCGAUCAGGCGAAGUGACGAUCAGUUUCUUUGCGGCAGCCCUCGCCGGCAGAACGGACUUCUGCAUCUCCCCAUUCACGGUUUUUUCCCCCCCUGUCUUUCAAGUUCUGUCGCUCCCACCAGCCUGCACCGCAGUCGUCAGAGAUCUCUUUCGACUUUGCCGUCUAUUUCACUAUAUUUUCCUUUCUCUCUCUGUCUCUCUCCCUCCGUCUCUUUCUUUGUCUGUCGGUCUCUCUCUCUGUCUCUCUAACACAUUUCUCUCUCUUUACAUUCUUUCCAUCUUCUUCUUUUACUCUAAGAAACAUCGCAUGAAUAUUUCUAUUUAUGCAUCUAUCUGUAUUAGUCUUUUCAUCUAUCUAUCUAUCUAUCUGCCUAUCUAA